AUGAAGGUCGAGUGUCAAUGCGGCAGCGUCGCCUUCGACACCCCGCAGUCGGCCCCGCUGUCCGUGUAUCACUGCCACUGCACCGAAUGCCAGAAGCAAUCAUCGUCGGCCUUCGGGACCUCAGCAAUCUUCCCAGCGGACGCGGUGUUCCCGCUCUCCAAGGAGCUGCAGUCCAGGCUCAAUGUGUGGACGCGUCCGGCCAAGGAGAACCGCACCAUGGACUGCUAUUUCUGCAAGGAGUGCGGCGUGCGCAUUUUCCACCGCAUCAGGGAGGCCGACGGCACCGAGCGACCCACCGUCAGUGUCAAGGGCGGCCUCGUGGACGGGCUGGACUGGAGCAAGGCGAAGCACAUAUACACCAGGAGCGCGGUUGUGCCGAUCCCUGCGGGCGCCGAGCGGUGGGAGGCUACUCCCGAAGUCAUGGAAGGGAGAAACACCAAGCAGUAA